AUGAAUACAAUGUUCGAUGAAAAUGAUAUCCCACCAUUGGAAGAUAUUCCUAAUCUACCAGAGAAACCUCCAUCAAAUGAAACAACAGUAACAAAAUCGUCUACUUCGUUAACAAAAACAGUAACAGAUAAUCCUACAAAACCUAAUAUAGAUAACGGCUGUUUUGGUGGUUUGAAAAAAGGAUUUUUAUCUUCAACAACCGAAAAAACGAAACCACCGUUAACAACUAAUAAACUUGACGUAAUUACUAAAACGAAGGAAAACAAAAAAGAUUUUAGAGUGUUCGAUGAAGUUCAACAAGCCUUAAAAAAGGACCAACUAGCUAACGGAAAUUGGUUGACCGAAGAUUUAUUAGAUCAAAUACAGCAAGAUGCCUUUUUGGAAAAACGAUUUAAUGAGCCAUAUUUCAUGGAAGCUAUAAAUUUGUUUCAAAAAAAACCAGAAGAAGCAUUAAAACGAUAUGGAUCAAAUAAAGAUGUUAUGGAAUUUUUUCAAAGAAUGGCAAAAGUACUAGGAAGUCAUUUCACAUCAUUACCCACAAAUGAUGACUUGUCUCCCGAACAAGAUGUUGUGAAAACGUCAAGUCAAUUUAAUAUCAUAAAAAGGAAAGAGACAAAACCACCGUUAGCUGAUCCAGAAGUAAAUAAACUACUUGAAAACGAACAAGUACGAAAAUUACUACUUGAUCCAGAUGUUGUGAGCCUGAUGAAAACAUUACGAGAAGAACCGGACAAGGCGCAAUGGCUAUUACGAACUGCUGAUGCCAAGUUACAAACAAAAAUAAAACAGUUGGUAGAUUUUGGAUUGUUAAGUGUUAUUUAA